CAAAGGAGCUGGGAAGUCACAGAGGAAACCGGAUAUUUUGAAUCAUGGCCAUGCUGAAAAAGAGAAAGCAUGAGAGAACUGAGCAGGACUGUGAGUAUUUCCAGUGUUACUCGGAUGUGUCAGUCCAUGAGGAGAUGAUAGCGGAUACAGUUCGCACCAAUGCCUACAAGUUGGCUCUUCUACGCAAUCACUCCUCACUCCAAGGCAAAACAGUGCUGGAUGUGGGAGCUGGCACUGGCAUUCUCAGUGUCUUUAGUGUGCAAGCUGGAGCCAAAGCCGUGUAUGCAGUGGAGGCCAGUAGUAUGUCCCAGCUGGCCUGUCAGGUUGUGAAGUCCAAUGACAUGGAGAACAAGGUGAAGGUGCUGAAUAGUUCAGUGGAAAGUGCUGAGAUCCCUGAACAAGUAGAUGCCAUUGUGAGUGAAUGGAUGGGGUACGCAUUAAUGUAUGAAUCCAUGCUGCCUUCAGUUAUCUAUGCCCGGGACAAGUGGCUGAAACCAGGAGGGCUUAUCCUGCCAUCUUGUGCUGAUCUCUUUAUAGCUCCUGUUAAUGACCUAAUAGUGGAAAGCCGCCUGGACUUCUGGAGUGAGGUUAAAGGCAUGUAUGGGGUUGAUAUGAGCUGCAUGCAGUCCUUUGCCCGGUCUUGUAUCAUGAAUAAGGAGAUGGCUGUCAACUUGGUUUCACCCGAGGAUGUUCUUUCUUUCCCUGUGAGAUUCGCCUCCUUGGAUUUAAAUGUCUGUACGCAGGAGGAGGUACGCAACCUCCAUGGCUCUUUCCAAUUUAGCUGCUUUGGCUCAUCUUUGUUGCAUGGAUUUGCUGUUUGGUUCUCUGUUACAUUUCCAGGAGAAAACAGUGUCACUUUAUCGACAUCUCCCUAUGGGGAGGAAACACAUUGGAAACAAACAUUACUGUACCUGGAUGAAGAGGUGCAAGUAGAACAGGACACUGAGAUAACUGGGGACGUCACCCUGUCACCUUCAGACAUUAACCCACGUCACCUACGGGUGCUUCUAAACUACUCUAUUGGUGGAGGUUUGCGCAGGACAAAGCAAUUUCAAAUGGGAAGUUAAUCAUGAUAUACAGACUAAAUCAGGCCCUAAAGGCAGAUGUCACUGAAAAUGAAAAAGUUAAAACUGCUUUUAUUUUUAGUAUAUUUUUUGUACUGCAGUCACAUUCUGAUUUCAGACAUUUCUAUAACUUUUUACUUAUUUUCAAACAUAAAGUUGUAAAAGUUCCCAUCCAGGGCAAGCACUGUAGCUUUUAUGGUGUCAAACAGUUUCAUGGAAUUAGGCUUUAAAUAAUGAAUGAACAUGAGGUGUUUGUUAAAGAGAACCUGACUCAUUCACACCAAGUGCUGAUGUUACCAGAUGUUAUAAAAAAUAUGCUUUUUCAAAUAAAGAAUAAACA